GCUGGACAAUUACCGGAAACAAUCUCCUUAUUGUUGUUGCUAGCUUUACAUGGCUGCUAAUUUCAUGCUCAUUAGAAAGCGCUGUCUCACUAUAAGCCGAGUAUAUUUUUCUUUAACUUGGAUGAAUUGCAUAUGCUUGCCGUUCAAUUUACAUUUAAUAGGUGUUUGCAAUUAUAAGCUGUCGUACACGCUAUAGAAAGUAGCUGUUAAAUACAGUUCGUUGCCGCUAGGUAGGUAGCUGUCCGCUUCUGUUAGUAAGCUUGUUGCUGGAAAUAUGUUGCACCGCUAGCUAUAGUUGUUUUGUAGCUAACCUGUUCCUAGUUUUAAGACCAGAAAUCUGCGCUUUUGCAACAUUAUUCAACCAGCGAUGGAAAGGCAAACUUAUCCAAUCAAGGAAAGCGCAGGUGUGUGCACAGCAUGCGUUUCGUUUUAUUCUGAGAAGCUUUGUAAGCCCUGCCUCUUCAGCUCAUGACAUGAAGACAGAACCGGUGAUUGACAGCCUGGAUUCCACAGGAGAGGAGCUGAGACCUGACCUGAGCAGAAGAGAGGACAUGGAGGGCAGGACAGAGGGGAACACUGGGCUGAGUCAGGCGGAGAAAGAGAUACUCGCCAAUAUAAAAGAGGAAGAGGAGGAGGUGGAGGAAGGGCAAUCUGUUGCAGUAGUGUCUGAGGUGUUUGCCUGCUCCCAGUGCCCAUUCAUUCAUAUGGAAGAACCAAAUCUUCACCAGCACAUUGAGAAGGUUCACCCAGAGGAGCACAGCAGGAUUCUGAGGUCUGGAGGAAAUGGAGCAGAGGACCCACUGCCUCCCAGCAGCACACAUCAGCAUCCCACACCCCCUAAAACACUCCCCACCCCGACACAGUCCCACACAGGCGCUCCAGGGGCCCACACCUGCUCCCAGUGUGGGAAGAAUUUUGGAUGGCAAUCUGAACUUAUAAGACAUGUACGAACCCACACAGGAGAACGUCCGUACAACUGCUCGCAGUGUGGGAAGAGUUUCAGGCUGGCAUCUCACCUUGCGGUACAUCAGUUAAUUCACACGGGCGAGCGGCCAUACCAGUGCUCCCAGUGUGGCAAGAGCUUCAGAUCAGCAUCAGACCUGACGAGACACCAGCGGACCCACACAGGGGAGCGUCCGUUCCACUGUGCCUUGUGUGGGAAGAGCUUCAUUCAGUCCAGCACUCUGAAAAUACAUCAGCGGAUUCACACAGGAGAAUGCCCAUUCCACUGCUCCCAGUGCGGGAAGAGCUUCAGAUCCGCAUCGAUCCUGACAAUCCACCAACGAACUCACACUGGCGAGCGCCCGUUCCAGUGCGGCCAGUGUGGACGAAGCUUCAGUCAGUCAAGCACUCUGAUUUUGCACCGGCGCACUCACACUGGGGAGCGGCCGUACCACUGUAUGGAGUGCGGAAAGCGCUUCAGUCACUCCAAUUCUCUCACACUGCACCAGCGAAUUCACACAGGAGAACGGCCAUUCCAGUGCUCUCCGUGCGGAAAGAGUUUCAGUCAUUCGAAAUCUCUGACUCUGCACCAACGAACUCAUACCGGGGAGCGUCCCUUUCAUUGUUCCCUCUGUGGGAAGAGCUUUAGGUUUGCAUCAAACCUCACAAAACACCAGAGAACCCACUCAGGGUAGUUUCAGUAAAAUCCAGUGCUACUGACCAAACCUCAUUACUGCGACUGCUUCAUUGCUAUUGACCAAACCUCAUUACUGCGACUGCUUCACUGCUACUGACCAAACCUCAUUACUGCGACUGCUUCACUGCUACUGACCAAACCAUGUGUGGAAUUAGUCACACAAGGUGUGUUCACCGUGUGGCAGCCAUGUGUUGCAUUUGCGUUUUGUGUAACCUUAACCUUAAUUCAAAUAAACAGGCAAUUUUAAAGUGAGCUGUUAAUUGAAUUGUAUUAUGAACAGGAAGCAACUCUUACUACUACAGUAUAAGCCCACAAGCAAUUUUUCAUGUUAAUUAUUUCAGUAAUUUACGCAAUUUCAUGUUAACAUCAUUUUGAAGACAUUUCUAUGCUAUAGUCAUUGAUGUAUAAUGAAGGGAGGAGAUUUUUCUGUAGCAUAACUAAAGUUAUGGUACCAACAAGUACCGCUCUAAAUUCCUAAGCCUUGCAGCAGGGCCCCUCUGUCUCCAGGCCACAAACCUCCCAAGGACAAGUUUGAAAUGUAGCCUAUAAUCCUGUGGCCUAUAAGUGUGUGUGUGUGUGUGUGUAUGUGUGUGCGUGUUCUUCUCUCUGUCUUUUUAUGCUUUUCUAGAAACCCAAACGGGAGUUUGGCCUUUCGCCUCAUUCUCCCUCUGCCAUCCUGAUAAAGGAGGAACCGGCUAUGACGCCAUGCUGCCCAGGACUCUGAAAGCAACUGAUAGAUCAAAGACUAAACAAUUAUUUCUGAUUUAAAAGCCUGUUUAGACUAAGCGGCCACCAGGUCACCAGGUGCCUAUGUAGUAUCUCAUGUUAGACAAGACAUAGCCAAUAGUUUACUUUGUUAUAUGAAAGGACACAGCCAUUAAUUUCCUUUGUUAAAUCUUACUUUAUGCUUUACUGUUAAGAUACUUUGUGCUUAUAAAUGCAGGGACCGCCCCUGCUUUCUUCAGUUCGGCCUUAUCCACCUUGUUGUGUGUGGGUGCCGGACUCUUUCUGCAAAAAAUAAAUCCUAUUUCUUAUAUUAUA